AAAAUUCUAGGGUUUAUAAGGAAACCCUUCAGUUUCAGGAGAAUCAAAUGAAUGCCAUCCAUCUUCGAGAAGCUACGAAAGCAUCCACAAGAAUGCACCUAGAUUUUCGUCUUCCCUUUUGAAUCUACAUCUUAAUACGCUCUCACACUGCAAAAUCCCCUCAUUUUCCAUGGCCAAGACCCGACCUGGAAAACGUGACUUGGACUCUUACACCAUUAGACGCACCAACAAAGUUGUCAGAGCUGGAGACUGUGUGUUGAUGCGACCAUCAGAAGGCGAUACGGCUCCAUAUGUGGCACGUGUAGAAAAAAUUGAAGCUGAUAACCGGAACAAUAUAAAGGUGCAUGUUAGAUGGUAUUACCGGCCAGAGGAGUCACUGGGAGGGCGGAGACAGUUUCAUGGAGCAAAGGAGUUAUUCUUGUCUGACCACUACGAUGUCCAAAGUGCCCACACUAUAGAUGGGAAGUGCAUUGUUCACUCUUUCAAGAACUAUACUAAGCUUGAGAAUGUUGGUCCGGAGGAUUACUACUGCCGGUUUGAGUAUAAAGCAGCAACCGGAGCUUUUGUGCCAGAUCGUGUUGCAGUGUAUUGCAAAUGCGAGAUGCCAUAUAACCCAGAUGAUUUAAUGGUACAAUGUGAGGAGUGCAAGGACUGGUAUCAUCCAGCCUGUGUGGGCCUGACUAGUGAACAAGCUAAACAAAUAGGUGACUUUGUUUGUUCCGACUGCUCGUCCGAAGAUCUGAAGAAGUCUCAUAAUACUUAUGCUGCAUCCCCUCUGUCUAAUGGCAAGGACUCUUGUUAUUAGAGAUGUGUUUAAGGCUUGAAGAUGGAUGGCUUACGCUAAGGCACCAUUGAAGCUGAGGCUCUUGGACUCCCUCUAAACAAUAAAUAUGGGCGGAAAAUCGAAUAUUAUUUGUUAGGAAUAUGUCGUUAUAAAAUGUAUUUGGUAAUUAUGGAUUUGGGGGAGUGUUAAGUCCAUAUUGGUUGAGGGAAUGAGUUGUAGUCUCCUUAUAUGGUCUUGGGCAAUCAUCCCCUGAGAAACUUCUUGGAUUGAGUUAGGCCCAAGGUGUUGAGUGGGAUUUCACUGGGUUGUUGAGUAGAACCCUCGUCUAUGCUGUUGGAACUUUGUUGUUGAGCAACAAGUUCCCUUUGAUGAUGCUGUAAUUGCAUUUUCAUUCUCAUCUGAUCCUUGCUUUGGUUGAUUAUUGUAAUUCUUCUUUUUGAAAAGGUAAGUAUUAUUAUUCACAACUUCAGCACUAAGAAUGUGCUGGCAAUGCUGUACAGAGGUGAGCAAAAAACCAAAAAAACAUAUCCCUUUUCUACUCUUGGAGGGACCAUAUGAAAUCUAAAAUAGAUUCAACAUCAUUUAGAAGUUCUCUUUUAUGCCAAAGUAAAACAAAAAAUUCUGCUGGGUUUCAUCUUAUGGAUAGAAUUGAAUAUGUGUCCUCGAAGCAUCUUGAAUUUCUUUUCGUCCAUCAUCGACCAAAUGCAAGCACAGGGGUUUUAUUCCACGAGUUAGCUCUUCCUUUAUCCAGUCCUGCUCUAUUCCAGCAUCUCAAAAGGUCAACUGUAGCAGCAUAACCCAUUGGA